AUGACAGUCAUCACUUAUUCAAGCGCUGCUGGAAGGUUUCCGAGAAAAAUCCAAGUUCUGGAACAUCCCUCUGCCCUGGGGAAUGUUCCAGAAACCCUGUCCAAGAUUGGAGAACCUCGGACUAUGCUGGGCCCCUUGGAGAACCCCACUCCAGAAUAUUGUGGGGUCAAAGGCCAGAGAUGGAUAGAUCAGAGAGACAACGAGGGAGGAGUGGCGGGAGAGAAGGCAAAAAGGAAGAGACAAACAUGGCGCACAGGAGUCAGCCGAGAGAAGAUGGAGAGAAGAAGGAGAGAGGAGCAGUUUGACUUUAAGAGGAACAAAUGCAUCAAGGAAGUUGGAGGAAAAUACAUCGAAGGAGAGGACCGAAACGGGACAAAUGCGUCGGAAAGAGGAAAAGCCACCAUGAAAAGGAUAAGAUGGCAUAAUAUCUUCCUCUGGUUUACUCUCCUCCUCUUCAGCCUGUGUCCAAAACCUGCUUCAUCACAGGGACAUUUCCCACGUAUGGAGAACCUUGCCGCCUUUAAAACCAUGUCCACCUCUCCGUCCCGCUCCACCUGUGGAGUUCCAGAGCGGAGCAGCUACUGUCAGACGCCGUCCUCCCAGCCUGAGCUGACGACAUGUCAUCAGGCCUUCUGUGUCCAGGACUGUCCUUACAGAUCCUCCACACCUCCGUAUGCCCCGCUGCUACUGCCUGCACACAGGGGUUCCUGUGUGACUGGAGACAGUAAUGACACUCGUCCCGGGACAGAGACGGAGAACAUAACCAAUAACAGUUCAGAGGGAGUUCCUGGUGGAUCCAGUUCUGUGCUGUUUCGGCCCGUCCAGGAUGGAUGUCUGGUGUCCCCCCCCUCACAGAAACUAGGAGACUUGGGUUCUCUCACCCUGGCAUUGUGGAUCAAACCAAGCUCUUCUGGAGAGAUGAUGCUGCUGGAGAAGAGCUCAAGGCAGCGGUUGUUUUUUUCUGUGACGGUGUCCGAGCAGGCGGUCAACCUGCACUAUGGCCAGUCCAGCAGUCAGACUCCUCUGACCGCCAGCUUCAGAACCGAGGGGAGGCUCACACCGGAGAGAUGGACACACCUUGUUCUACAGGUUCAUAACAGACAUGUGAGUCUAUUCCUAGAUGGGCUUGAGGAGGAUGGGACCCCGUUUGACACACAGUCUCUGAGCGGCAGGCUCUCUGAUAUCAGCGAGGACGGUGCCAUGUGGGUGGGACUCAGCUCCAACGGGUCUAAUCAGUUCAUUGGCCGGAUGCAAGACUUUAGAUUGUAUCCUGCCACUCUGACCAACAGGGAAAUAGUUGAGGUUUACUCCGGUUUCCUGCCUGAGCUCCAUGCCCAGGCAGAGUGUCGCUGUCCACCCAGUCACUCCAGAGUGCACCCUUUAGUUGAGAGAUACUGCAUUCCCAAUGGUGUUGAGGACACCACCAAUGACAGAGUCCUAAGACUCAACCUAAAUGCCCAUCCACUCAGUUACAUCAAUGAUCAGGACAUGGGCACCACAUGGCUCUCUAAGAUCAUGACUACGCAGGAACUGGAUGAAGGACUCACUAUUACCGUGGAUUUGGUGAACGGACAAUACCAGAUAUUCUAUGUUAUAGUUCAGUUUGGCGGGCUCCUGCCUGAGUCCAUUCUGAUCCAAAGACGGAGGCUUGACAUUGCAGAACUUGAGAGUGGCAUUGCCACAGAACAGCUCUGGUUGGACUGGCAAUAUAUGGCCAACAACUGCAGUGUGUUUGAAAUGCAGAACAACGGGCCUUUGCUGAGGCCAGACUCAGUCAACUGUCUGAAGCUGUCCAGCGAUUUACCCUUCUCAGGAGGUAACAUCAUAUUCAGCCUGCUGACCCCAGAGCCAAACCUGCGUCCGGGAUAUAACGACUUCUACAACACCCCUGCUCUGCAGAAGAUGGCACAUGCCACCCAGGUCAGGAUACACCUGAGUGGACAAUCCAACAGCAGGGCAGCGGGGGUGAACCAGAGACACAGAUACUAUGCCAUCAAUGAGAUCACCAUCAGUGGCAGAUGUGAGUGUCACGGCCAUGCAGACCACUGUGAGACCAGUGUGAAGCCCUACCGCUGUCUGUGUCUGCCUGAGAGCCACACAGAGGGAAACAAUUGCCAACGCUGUGCGCCUCUCUACAAUGACAAGCCAUUCAGGUCAGGUGACCAGCUCCAGCCUAUGAACUGCCGGCCUUGUCAGUGUCACGGCCACGCCCUCUCCUGUCACUACGAUGAGGGAGUCGAUGAACAGCCUGAUGAGCACUAUCGAGGAGGAGGAGGGGUCUGUGACCACUGCAUGCACAACACCACAGGUAAAAACUGUGAGCUGUGUAGAAGUGGAUUUUUCUGGCUGGAGGAAUCUGAUCCCACUUCAGGGGAUUUGUGUCAACCUUGCAACUGUAACACUCCUGGAACAGUCAACAGCAGCAAGGAGUGCUCCGAGGCAGGAGGUCAGUGUCAGUGUAAGGUCGCAGUAACAGGUCGUCGGUGUACAGACUGUCUAUCUGGAUGGUACGGUCUUACCGCCUCGAAUCCAAACGGCUGCACCCGCUGUAACUGCAGUGACCUUGGCAUCAUCAACAACGCAACAGAAGGAGAUCACAGUUGCAACCCGUACACAGGACUCUGCCAGUGUAAACUCCAUGUCACAGGUCUUUCCUGUGACCGCUGUGAGUUUGGUUAUUGGAACCUGUCCCACCCAGACGGCUGUGUCCCAUGUGACUGUGACCCCCUGGGCUCCUUCAGCCCGUACUGUGAGCCUGAGGGGGGGCAGUGUGAGUGUAAGCCCGGGGUGGGGGGGCAGCGCUGUGAUUCUUGUGGCAGGGGGUCAUAUGGUUUACGACUGGAGGGAUCCUGUGCCCCCUGCAACUGCUCACAAGAAGGGACCGUACCUGGGACAGACUGUGAUCCUCACACAGGACAAUGUGUGUGUAAGGAACAUGUGGAAGGCCGGCUCUGUGAAGUUUGCCUUCAUGGUUACCAUACAUUGGAGCAGCGAAACUCCCUGGGCUGUCUGCCGUGUGUGUGUGACACCCAUGGCACUGUGCCCGAGGGUGUAUGUGAUAUGUGGACCGGACAAUGCCCGUGCAGAGAAGGGGUGGAGGGAGCAAGGUGUACCAAUUGUGCCCACAACUACUACAACAGAAGUUUACAACUCCAAAGCUGUGUGCCAUGUGUCUGUGACCUCAGAGGGAUAGUGGCGGGGUCAGUAUGUGACAGCACCACAGGGCAGUGUGUUUGUGUCCCUACACGUUAUGGAAAGGACUGCAGUAGCUGCCGACCUGGCUUUUACCUCUCUCCAGAUCAGAGUGUGUGUGCGGAGUGUGACUGCCAUCCUAUGGGAGCAGCGCAGCGGGGUUGUGAGAGGCAGACAGGACAGUGUGUGUGUGUCCAUCCUUCAGUGGGAGGACGGCGCUGUGACCAGUGUCGUGAGAUGUUCUUUGGAUUCAACCCCGGCCUGGGAAGAUGUGAGCCUUGUGCAUGUGACCCGCUGGGCAGUGCCAAUGGUUCAUGUCAUCCAGACUCUGGGAUGUGUGUGUGUAAGCUGCUGGUAACUGGAGACAAGUGUAAUAAAUGUCAACCCGGAGCGAGUCGUUUCGACCGUGAGAAUCACUUCGGCUGCAGUAAAGAACCCUUCCAGCAGCCGGCACCAGUGGGUGUUGCUCUCAGUUAUUCUUCCAUUCGUCUCUCUUGGCACCCACCUGACUCCCCAAACUCCAACAGACUGAACUACACACUCAUCAGAGAUGGACAGUCAGUGCAUACCAUCCAGAGUCACUAUCCUUUCAGCCCUAAAUCAUUUGAAGACACCGGUUUGUUUCCUUAUAGCAACUACUCUUACUGGGUAAUAACAGCUAAUGUGGUCGGUGCCGCCAUAAGUGCAGCAGCAUCAUACCAAACUUUAGGUGCACCCCCUGAAGCAGAACAUCUCCAUUUAAACCUUGUGGGACGCGCCAGUCCAACCACCGCUAGCUUUAACUGGAGCACACCCAGGAAUGAUACAGGCCCAGUGGAGAGGUUUGUGUUAUCCUCACAGGAGUUUGGAGGAGCCGAGCCUGUCGUUCACUACACAGGCUUAUCAACAGAGGCUGUGGUGAGCGGUCUGAAGCCCUUCACCCAAUACACUGUCACGCUGGAGGCUUGCUCUUCUGGGGGGUGCACAUCUACCCAACCACUGUCUCUUCUGACAGCCUCUGCCCCCCCAAGAAACCAACCACCACCCAGAGUCACUGCUACAGGACCGCAUACUCUGAAUGCUUCCUGGGACCCCCCCAGUCAGCCAAAUGGUGUUAUCACGAGGUAUGAGGUCUUUCUGCGCGGACCGAUGGGAACACAGAACUCUUCUGGUCCGGCUGAUGAAAAGAGAGUGUUUGUCAGCGCUGGAUGGCUGGAUCUGAGUGUUUCUCCAGAGGCACAGCUAACCAAUAGGAGCACAGUCCCCCCCCCUGAGAGCAGCACCACUGUAGACGAUCUGGAGGCGUUUUCCACCUAUCAGAUGAGAGUCGUGAGCAUCAAUGUGGCAGGAAGUGUCACAUCAGGUUGGACCACAGCACGCACCAUGGAGGGAGUCCCAGAGUGGAUUGCUCCUCCAGAUGUGACCUCCCUGUCCUCCAGCAGCCUCAAAGUUGUGUGGAGCUCUGCUGAGGGUCGAGGGGUCAUUGCCCGCGGACAGGUCACCGAAUAUCGGGUCAACUUACUCACAGAACAGACCAACAAUCCCUAUGCUCCUCCAGUUAUUAGUCAGGUCUUACACAGGGUGGGCCCAUCGUCACCACCUGUUUAUGUGGUGAAAGGACUGAAGCCUUACCAUGUGUACAACUUCACAGUAACACUCUGCACAAAGACAGGUUGCAUUUCCAGUCUGCCAAGCACAGGACUGACCUUACCAGCAGCUCCAACAGGACUGCCUCCACCUCACUUACAUCCAGUCAAUGAUACCACCAUUCAGAUAGACUGGGACCCCCCAUCCCAACUCAAUGGACCACACCCACUGUAUCAGGUGGAGAGGAUAGAUGUCUCUCUCUCUGACCCACGGGGUCCUGUUGUCAGAGGAACCAGAUUCUCUGGAAACAGUUUCUACCAGUUUCCCAGCGACACCCUUCCUGCCAACACUGACUUCACAGGUGUUGGGUUGAGUUUCAAGACUCAGUCUCCAGACGGCCUGCUGCUCUGUGCCUUCUCUCCAGGAAGUCAGGAAGAGUUCCUCGCUAUUCAGCUCAAAAAUGGACUUCCCUACUUUUUGUUUGAUCCACAGGGCUCUGCGGUGGCUGUGAGUGUACAUGGUGAUGGGGGGCGCCGCUACAAUGAUGGACAAUGGCACAGCAUCAUAGCAACAAGGCGAGGGGCCGUGGGAACAAUCGUUGUAAACAAUCAAUACAGAGGAAGUGCGUCAGCGUCCAGCGGCAGCACCAUUAUUGGGGAAAACACAGGGAUGUUCAUCGGUGGGCUACCUGAAGACUUUACUUUGUUAAGGGAGGAUUCAGGUGAUGCUCGGCUAGUGCGACAGGGUUUCUCUGGUUGCCUUAGAGACGUGAGUUUUAAGAUGACUGACGGCCCCUCAGAGGAUUGGAAAUCUCUGGACUGGGCAAAAGCCACAAAUAAGGAGUCAGUGUAUGAAAGCUGGGAGGGAUGCCCUAUUCAAACUGUGGAGGGAGCCCAUUUUCUAGGUCAUGGUUACCUGGAAAUGGACAGAGAUGUUUUCAGUGGAGGGCAGGACUUUGACAUUUCUAUGGAUUUCAGAACGGACCAGCUCAAUGCACUUCUGCUCUUUACAUACAACACACAAACUGAAGACUACAUGCUGGUGGAGCUAGAAGCCGGAAUACUUUCCUUAAUUCUUUCGUCUGAAGAUCACGUGACUGAACUCAGCAUGUGGGUGGGGCUGAGUUACUGCGAUGGAGACUGGAAACAGUUUUCAUUGGCAAAACAUGGCCCGCUCCUUUCUGCUGCAGUCAAUGACUGGGCAGAGGAGACGAGGGGAGUGGGAGGAGCACUGAGGCUGAGAGUGGACUCCCCAUUAUAUUUGGGGGGCGUGCCCAGGGAGCUUAUACACCCGGCUCUUGACAGUCGAAGUCACAAACAUGGCCUGGGAGGUUGCAUCAGGGGUCUCGCCGUACGCAGUGAUGAAACAAACCCUCCUGUCAGUCAAAGUGUUAACCUCUCUGUCGCCUCCCGGCGCUCUGUAAGAGUCUACUUAGACGGCUGUCCCAACAGUGAGAGCGGGUACAACUGCAGAGGAAAUGAUUCAGUGUUGGUGUACAGUGGGAGGAAAACACAAGCCAUAGAUCAUAACCUUCAGCCUUUCACUGAGUACCUCUACAGGAUAGUGGCCUUGGCUGCAGGAGGCUGGGCAGCAGGACCUUGGCACAGGGGACGCAGCCGAAGCAAAGUACCUAGGUCUGUUCCACCUCCUACCUCUGUGCACAGCCUGAAUGGCUUCACUGCCAAGGUGAGCUGGGCGCCACCCACUGGGGACAUCAGAGGCCUGAUUGACAGAUAUGAGUUGAAUGCCUACAAUAGAGAUCAGCCAGAAGUGCCGCCUGUCAGAGCCGAAUACCUGGCUAAUGGAAAUUACACAGGUGUCCUGCGGGGUCUCACUCCAUCCACUCGAUACUUUGUCACUGUUAGUGCCUGUAGUCCCGUUGGCUGCACUGAGAGUCUUCAUGAUGACAAUGAUGAAGAAAAUGAUUUGAGAUUGAGCCUGACAACCCCGGAGGAAGCUCCAGAUGCCGUCUCUCCCCCGGCUGCAGACUCCUCCCCCUCGUCCCUCUAUAUAACCUGGGAACCUCCAACAAGACCCAAUGGAGUCAUUACGGAGUACCUUCUCUAUCACAACAGCCACAUGGUCUACAGGGGGAAAGAACAACAACAAGACAUCACUGGUCUCGGUGUGUAUUCCACCCAUGUCUUGGUACUGAGUGCAUGCACUUCAGCGGGCUGCACCAACAGUUCCCAAGUUACAAUGCUGACCUCUCAGCUUCCUCCAGGGCCGCUACAUGCACCAACGCUCACCCUGCUUGACUCACGGACAAUUCUGGUGGAGUGGUCCCGUCCCUCUCAGGUAAACGGCGCUCUGGAGUUUUAUUCCGUCUUCCUGUCACCUGACGGUUCAGAGCCUGUGCUCGUCUACAACAGCUCAGAACUUUUUGAAGACCACACCCUGCGCGACCUUACCCCUGGAACAGCUUACACCAUCACACUCUCUGCCUGCACAGGAGGUGGAUGUACGUUAAGCCCCCCCAGCCAGGCUCAGACUGAGGAGAGCACCCCAGAGAACGUUCCUGCUCCGCUGGUCACACCUCUGUCCCCACAUGCACUCAACGUCAGCUGGACACCCCCUGAAACACCAAAUGGCAUUAUAACCAGUUAUGGUCUCUGGCGGGAUGGACGGCUCAUUCUGAACUCCAGUUCCUCCCAGAGGUUCUUGGUGGUGGAGGGCCUCUCUCCGUGGAGCCGACACGUCCUCCGGCUGCAGGCCUGCACAGCGCGGGGCUGUGGCAAGGGGCCGAUGGUGGAGAUACGUACAUUACAGACAGCCCCAGAAGGCCCCAUACUGCUUGAACUGACCAAUCAGAGCUCUCGAUCACUCCGAGCCCGCUGGACAGCCCCACCUAGACCGAAUGGGAACCUCAGCUACAAACUGUUCUACAAAAGCAAAGAUGGUGAUGGUGUGGUGGAUGGGAGCACAGUGGCUGGCAGCUGGUUGUCUGUGACUGAUCUACAGCCGUACACUAACUACAGCUUCUGGAUCCGAGGUUGUAACACACAGGGUUGUGUUGAGAGCCUGCCACUCAAUGUUACUACAACCCCAGCAGCCCCAGAUGGGUUGUCGCCUCCGAGUUUGACCCAUGCAACUAGUUCCAGCCUGAAUGUUUCCUGGUCCGCUCCUGCCCACUCCAACGCACCGGGCCCACUCCGUUACAGCCUGCAAAUGAGGACAUCCCCUCAGAGGCCUGGUGUAAGGCUUGUGGAAAACGCAACCGACACCUUUUCCUACCAUGUAGAGGGCCUCUCACCGUUCACCCAGUACGUGUUCAGAGUGGUGGUCUCACACACUCAUGGGCAGACAGUCGGCCCCUGGGCCACCCUGCGCACCGCGGAGGACAGUCCAGGACCGGUGGACCCUCCAGCUGUUUCUGAGCUUCAUCCCCGAAGUGUAAUAGUAACCUGGGUUCCUCCCUCCCAACCAAAUGGCAUGAUCACCAAUUACACCUUGUACCUCUACCCGAGCUUCAUCUCUUCUUUAGAUUUCAAACCCAGCUCAGUCUCCAGCACCAGCACGACCCUCAGCUCCACAUCAGGUCUUAACCAGAGCCUAUUGCCCAGCACUGAGGCUCCACAUCUCAACUCAAGUCAUGACAUAAUUUCAACAUCUGUUCCUACAACCCCAGACUCAAGACCUGUCUCCAUGUCCACCAUCAACACAGGCAGUAAUAACAGCUCAAGCACCAUCCAAGGCACAAGAACAAAACUGAUCCCUAACCCUUUCUCUAGCAUGAGGCCUGGUAUCACAGAGGAAAACCCAAUCGAGUCCACUGACUCAUUCCAAAGCCCUAUUUCCAGUUUAUAUAGUGCAGGAUCAGAUUCAAGUUCAUCCCGUCUGUCAGUCAUUGUUCCCGGGAACACCACCAGCUACAUUUUCCUCGACCUGCUGCCAUACCAGACCUACCGCCUCCAGGUGGAGGCGUGCAGCAGUGUGGGUUGUUCAGUGUCUGAGAUGUCUCAGGAUUUUCGUACCCUCCCAGCUCCACCUGAAGGGGUUCCUGCGCCUCACCUUUACUCAGACACCCCCACCUCUGUUCUUUUGUCCUGGGGAGCACCGGAGUCGAACAAUGGACCAUUAGAGCGGUGGCUGAUUGAGCGAAGAGUUGCUGGGACCAAACAAGUCUCCACGGUGGGCCAUCUCCCACCGGACCCUCCACCUCUGUCAUUCCUGGACUCUUCUUCAGCUCUCAGUCCCUGGACCAGCUACCAGUAUCGACUUGUGCUCCACAAUCAGGCUGGCAACACCACCGGGCUCUGGGUCAAUAUCACCACCAGACCUUCUCGUCCAGCCGGACUCAAUCCACCAAGAGUGAAGGUUUUGGGGCCACAGUCACUUCAGGUCACAUGGUCCCCUCCUCUUAUUCCCAACGGAGAAAUCCAUGGCUAUGAGAUCCGCCUCCCAGAACCCCGCAUCUUCCAUGACAGUGGCAAUGCUUCGGCGCUCAACAUCACAAUAAAGGACCUUAUUCCAUACACAAACUACAGUAUCACUUUGUUGUCUUGUUCCAAUGGCGGUGGACAUGUAGGGGGGUGUACAGAAAGCCUGCCCAUGCCCGCUACCACAUUACCCACAAUCCCUGAAGGCCUUGAACCCCUGUCUGUGGUGGCAGUGAGUGAGUCCUUCCUGGCUAUUUCCUGGCAACCACCAAGCAGGCCCAAUGGACCUAACAUCAGAUACAAGUUGCUCAGACGUAAAACCCACCAGCCCCUGGCCAUCGCCACGGUCCCCACGGUAACAGCCGUGUCCCCUCCCCCCUCUGAAGAUCUCCAUCGCUGGCUCCAUGUUUACUCCGGCACCAAAUUGUUCUACCAAGAUAAAGGCCUAAGCAGAUUCACCCGUUACCAGUACCAGUUAGAGGUUCAUAAUGGCGUGGGCUACACUUCAGGAGAGAUGGUUGAGGCUGUCACCAUGGCGGGGGUUCCCCACCACCCUCCAUCUCUGUCUGCCCACGCUGUCAAUCACACUGCUGUCCAGGUCGACUGGACACAACCCUCUUUGCAAGACCUACAGGGAGAGGUGGAUUCGUACUUUCUGACAAUAGCAUCUGCACAGUCAAGUCAAAAUGUUACCUUUCCCCGUGAGAUCGUCUCCACAGUGAUAAGUGAUCUUUGGCCCAGCACCACAUAUGUGUUGUCAAUUCAAGUGUCAAACGGAGCACAUAAUACAACAAAGGCAUCAGUAAACGUCACCACAGAAGAUGGAGAGCCAGAAGGGAUGUCGGCCCCAGAGGUGGUUCCAGUUAACAGCAGCACAGUGCGUGUGCUCUGGUUCCCUCCUCUACAGCCCAAUGGAGCAGUCACUGGUUACUACAUCUACCUGAAUGACCUUCUUCAUGGCAGCGUAGACAACAGCUCAGGAUCCUACCUGCUCGGGGAACUGCUGCCUUUUACUGUCUACAACGUACAGGUAGAGGUGUGUACUGUGUAUGCAUGUGUGCGGAGUAAUGUUACUCAAACCACCACUGUGGAGGACCUGCCUGCCGACCUGGCCACGCCGCACGCACAUGUGAUCAGUCCCAGAGUGGUGAGGUUGGACUGGUCUGGUCCAGGCAGACCCAGUGGGAUCAUGCUGGGCUAUGAUGUCCUAAGACGGACCCUGAGGUCAUGUGCCGUCACGUCAACAGGGGUCACUGUGGGGGAAGGGUCAGGUGGUGUAAAGUUCAGAUGUUCAUACCUGCAGUGUCCUGCCUCUCAUGGUGUGUGUGGGACGUCCUGCUUCCAUCCUGACACUCAGGUUUGCUGCAGUGGAUUAUUGAACACUAAGAAAGCACAUCAUCAUUGCUGCGAGGGCAGUUACCUGACUUUGAGUAAUUCCUCCAGUCCAGUAUGCUGCAAUGGCAAACUGCUCCGAGCUCUCCCUGACCACCAGUGCUGUGGAGGAUACUAUGUUCAUGUAAAAAACAGUGAGUAUGAGAACUGCUGCCCUGACCCCUCGCAGGGCCGGGUCUCUGUGGGGAUGGGUGACAGCUGCUGUGGGGGGGUUCCUUACUCCACAAAAGGCGGUCAGCUCUGCUGUCGUGGGAGCCUCCAUGACGGCUAUGGGGUGCGAUGCUGUGGAGGCCAGAUUGUAGAUGAUACACUGGUGUGCUGCGAUGAUGCCCAGAGGGGGGAAGUGCAUAUAUAUACCCCAGGUUUCAUCUGCUGUGGGCAGGAGUAUAUCAACUCUUCAACCUCACUUUGCUGUGUUGGUAAAGACGGAAAUCCCAGCAUGCACCCUGCUGGCAAUGAGACGGUGACACUGCAGUGCUGUGGGUCAAAGGUCAUACAUCAGGAAGAGGAAUGCUGCAAUGGGAUUGGCUAUGACGCUCAACGACACGUGUGUGCUGACAAACCCACACCCGGCCUGCUGGUACAGCACGAAUGUAUGCAGGGCGCCAUUUGUCCUUUAGCCGCAGCCUCUACAGCUUACUGUGGCUCUUGUGACCUCGAUCCAUCUACGACCGCCUGCACAUGGCUCCUGUCUGCUCACACACAGCCUGACACACCCAACGCAACAGACUCACCUUCCAUCAACAUCUCUCAUGAAGCUCUCUCUCAGGGUCUGUCUACACAUGCAAAUAAAAGUCAUAAUACAUUCAAAAUGGCAGACGAGAACCUGCAACUUGAUGGGAGCCUGUGCGCGUCACAUGAGGAAGUUGUGUACAGCGGAGAUGCCAACAGAUACACCUAUACAGGUGUAUGGACAAGCCCCAGACAUCUGAUAAUAAACACAUCUGCAGUGGAGCUGUACUGGGAUCAGCCCCCCCGACCUAAUGGACACAUCUCCCAGUACAGACUGAACAGAGACGGCCACACUAUUUUUACCGGAGACCACCGUGACCAGAAUUAUACCGACACUGGACUCGUGCCAAACCGCAGGUAUGUGUAUGAGCUGCAGGCCAGCACAGGGGGUGGGACCGGUGUGAGUGACAAAUAUGUUAUACAAACACCAGUCUCUUGCCCAACUGGGAUCCAACCUCCCCACAAUGUGACUGUGUUGGGCCCCCACUCCGUCUCUCUGGCCUGGACCCCUCCUGCUCAGCUCCACAGCAGUCAGCCUAUAAACUACAACAUCCUUUUAAAUCCAGGAAGUGACAAUAUCUUAAUGCAUCAUGCUGGCCCAGACCUUCACCUCACUGUGACGGGUCUACAGCCAUUCACCACCUUCUACAUCAGAGUGCAGGCCUGUCAGAGUGAUGGGUGUGGAGUUGGAGGGGAAGUGUAUAUUCGUACCUUAGAGACCGCCCCAGAAGGUCUGCUGCCCCCCACUGUGAGGGCAGCUGCAGCCAGGGUCCUGGAGAUCCACUGGUCACCCCCACAACAACCCAACGGAGUCAUCACAUCCUACCAUAUAUACAGGCGUCCAGUAGGAACAGAGGAGGAGCUGCUGGUGUUCAUCUGGUCCAGUGGGCCACUUGAAUUUGUUGAUGCAAGCCCCGCCCUGCAACCCUUCAGCUUCCUCCAGUACAGGGUCCGCUCCUACAACUCCAAAGGCUCCGUGCUGAGCCAAUGGGCUUUAGCUCAGACUCUACAGGCCGAACCACAAGAUAUGGCCCCUCCCACUGUCACGCCCACUGGCGCAUACUCAGCCCAUCUGAAAUGGAGUGAACCGGGGCAGCCCAACGGUCUCAUUUCCCAUUAUAGACUGGUUUACAAGAAGCACCAACAGGACCCAACGCUCAACUCAACUGCUGUUACUGCUCUCACUGUGGAGGCAAAGACCAUCACCAGUCCUUCACAGGCAGAAAUACAACCACCCACAGCUGCCCAGCUCACAAGCCAUCGCCCAUCGCAGUCCCAGCUCCUGAAGAGACGGGCUGCUUCACCGGGGAUGCCUGACAAAGGGCCUUUGCCCGACUUGACAUUCGCCGUCGACGGUGUCUUGGCAUCUUCGAGAGCCGGGCGCCCGAGUGAUCGAUUUCAACCUCUGGGAGACUUCACAGCGAGAGGCAACUCCAGUGGGCCAUGCAGCAAGCUCAAGCAGGCAGAUUCCCUGGCCGCUGACACAUGCCACCCGGCUUCGUCAAUGCCCACCAAGAGGCACCAACAACAUCUUGCUGGCUCUGUGCCUUCUCGAUCGUUGCGCAGAGGCAUUGAGUUUUCCUUGGCCGCCAUUGAAGGCGCAGUGGUGGGAGCUCACAGCUCCCACGGGAACAAGCUUGUUUCCGUCGUGGAAGAUCAACAGCAGACCAGGUAA